AUGGCGGCGCUGGGCCCGGUGUGGGGCCGCAGUUUUUCCCUGCUCCAGCGCCCCUUCCCGCUCCUCGCGAACCGCCCGGAGCUCCUGCCCGGCCGCCCCCCCGCCCUCUGCUGCCCGCCGGGGGCUCCCUGGACCUUCCAGCAGCUCCGCGGCAAAGCCCGAGGCAACGAGUACCAGCCCAACAACUGGAAGCGCAAGAAGACGCACGGCUGGACCCGCAGGAUCAGCACCCGCGGCGGCAUCUCCAUCAUCCUGCGGAGGAUGCUCAAGGGCAGGAAGUCCCUGAGCCACUGAGGGAUUCCUGCUGGGAAUUUGAGAU